UGGAAUCAGACUUCGACACCUAAUAGCACAAUGGAAACCGGCGCUCCAGAAGAAGUAAUUCAUGCAAGAAUCCAGAUGUUACAGUGUUCUCUGAUAAUUGUUGGCCUCCUCCAGUUUCUGUUGGGUGCAACAGGUCUUGUGGGUAUCGUGUUUCGCUACAUCGGCCCAGUUACGAUAACACCGACACUUUUACUUAUUGGAUUCUACAUUUUUAAAGUGAUUGUGAAAUUCAGUGAGACCCAUUGGGGGAUAUCCAUGGCAACUUCAAGUAUGUCUGUGAUUCUGUCAAUGUACCUUGCCAAAUAUAAGAUUCCAGUUCCAGCUUGGACUCCUAAAAAAGGCUUUCAUACAAAACGUACUUCGCUGCAUGCCACAUUUUCAAUGUUAAUCGGAAUUAUUUUUGGUUGGGUGAUAUGCGGCAUACUUACAAGCGCUGGUCUGCUCACUGACGACAAGAAUGAUAAACAGUUUAAUGCACGAACGGACUCUAAAUUAUACGUUCUUGGGGCUUCAGACUGGUUUUUCUUUCCCUAUCCUGGUUAUUUUGGAUUCUCAAUGAAUUUUUCCGUCAGCACUCUGAUAAGCUUCUUCAUAGCAACUUUGGCUUCAAUCGUGGAUUCCAUUGCUGAUUAUUACGCUUGCGCCAAAAUAUGUGACGUUCCUAUUCCUCCAAACCAUUCGGUGAAUCGAGGAAUUGUCAUCGACGGAUUAGUUGCCAGCAGACGUGUGUUCCAAAUUGUUGGUGUUAUUUACAUGUUGUUUGGAAUUAUUGGUAAAAUGGGAGCAUUCUUCGUCACUAUUCCGAUGCCUGUGUUGGGCGGGGUUCAACUUAUCUAUUUUGGUUCUUUCAUUGGAGUCAUUUUAUCCAACAUGCAUAAAGUGGAAAUGAAUCAUCGUAAUAUGAGCAUCAUCGGGGUUUCCAUUAUAUUCGGUGUAUCUAUACCGAUAUGGAGUCACAAUAACCCGGAACAGUACGCCACAGGUUAUAAAGAAGUUGACGGAUCCGUCCAUGCUAUUCUUACCAAUCCGAAUUUUCUAGGAGGUUUGUUGGCAAUGAUCUUGGAUAAUGCAUGGCCAGUUACACCUGUAUUACACCUAUUGAGUAGCUAUGAAGUGUAG